AUGGCAAUAUUGAUACAGACCGUUAAUGAAAAAGCUGAAAUUAAAGUGGUACGAGAUUCCCGAUUGAUAUUUCUCUUUUUGCUGUCAACGUGCAAAAAUCGGAAUUACGCUCUCGAUGUUUCGUCAUCAGCGAUCCCAAGGACAGCUUCGAAAUCUACGUUGACCAGAGGAACCGUGAACGACAUUGUUUCUAGAAAUAUCACAAUGGUUCUCGAGAAUCUUCUAAUGAAUUACGAGAACAAUCAACUACCCACUCAUGGAAAAGGAACGCCUACCGUGGUAAAAACGAAUAUUUUAAUAAGAAGCAUGGGUCCUGUGUCUGAACUGGACAUGGAUUAUUCGAUGGACUGUUAUUUUCGACAGUCUUGGCGAGACUCUCGUUUGAGCUUUCUAGGUCCAAUAAAGUCGCUCAGUUUGAGUAUCAAAAUGCUGGAAAGAAUCUGGAGGCCAGAUACGUAUUUUUAUAAUGGAAAACAUAGCUACGUGCAUACCAUCACCGUGCCAAAUAAAUUGUUAAGAAUCUCGCAGGACGGGGAUAUUCUUUAUUCUAUGAGGCUCACUAUAAAAGCAAAGUGUCCAAUGGAGCUUCGAAAUUUUCCCAUGGAUCGGCAAUCCUGUCCACUGAUUCUUGGAAGUUAUGCGUAUACAUCUGGUCAAUUAAUUUACGAGUGGCAAGAGGGCUCAUCGGUAAAUUUCGUUCCUGGAAUGGCUCUUUCACAGUUCGAUUUAAUGGGUUCACCGUACAGAAAUUUAACUUUCGUCCGUCGGGAGGGUGAAUUUUCGGUUCUCCAAGUUUCUUUCAACCUGCAACGACACACUGGUUAUUUCCUAAUUCAAGUAUACGUCCCCUGUGUUUUAAUAGUAGUGCUAAGCUGGGUGUCGUUUUGGAUUCAUCGCGAAGCUACCAGCGAUCGAGUCGGUCUAGGUAUCACCACCGUUUUGACACUAUCGACUAUUAGUCUCGAUUCCAGAACAGAUUUGCCAAAAGUUAGAUACGCUACUGCUCUCGAUUGGUUUCUGUUAAUGAGUUUUGGAUAUUGUAUCGCUACCCUAUUGGAAUUCGCUGGUGUGCAUUACUUCACAAAGGUUGGCAGCGGAGAGAUUCCUUUGGACGAAGAAGAAUUGGAAAACGAGAGCGAAACCGAUUAUCAAGAUGGCUUUUGCAGCAUCGUAUCGUGCAGUCCGCAAACGGUUCAUCCAGAAACAAUAAUCGAUGUACCUAGAAGAAGAAGUUCUUUAAUAUGUGAUAUUUACGGUGUUAAUGAAUCCGUGUCUUAUGGAAGAGGAUCGAUGACAGUUUCUGUUACGUCGAAACCAUCCACGAUGGAAAGACAAACACAAACGGAAGUGUGGAUACCGAAAUGGCGGCAAUUUCUUUAUUGCCUCGCUGGCGAUGAAGCGUUCAGGAAGCGUAGACAGAGAGAAGCAGCAGGAAACUGUAGGAAACACGGCGAGAAAAUUGCGAGACAUAUAAAUAGCGUGUCUUAUAUUGACAAAGUGGCACGAAUAGUAUUUCCUGCCUCUUUUGGAUUACUCAAUGUCUGUUAUUGGGUCACUUACGUCUCUUAUCAAGAGGAAUUCAAAUGGCAAGAUCCACCACUUGGAUCAAUUUCUCAGUAA